AAUCAAUAGUACCCGCGAUCCCUGGAUUUUAUAUACAUAGAAAUUCUGAUAUUCCAACAAAUUCUCGGUCAUCAAAAUAUCUCAAAACGCAUACAAAUGAUGAUGGAUCGCAUUCCUAGUUGGAUAGUCCAAAUAGCCAGACUUCCAAGUAUUAACGACGUCAGAGUAAAUUAGGGUAGAACUAAAGAUGCAUUCAAAAACUGUAACCGAUUUUGGUGAGAUGUCUAAGUGCAUUUUUGUCAAAGUGUCCAAGAUUAGCAUUAGUUGGAACAUAAACUUCAUCUGUGUCAGAUGGUCACGUGUGAACAUAAACCGGGAAGAGUGAGCAAUAAUAAUAGAGAAUGAGUACAUCGUGUGCGAAGUGUAGUGUACAGAGAUGGACUUCAAGUCUUGUAGUGUUGUUAGUGACACCUGUUGACAAGAAAGACGAGAAAUGUGUUUACCGCGAUGGGCUAAGGAGGUGAUGAGAGAUCGUUAUACAGGGUAUGGGUACAACCUUUUCAGGGACAUUGGAGACUGACAGUAUAUUCCAUAAGUAAGCAUUUUAAAAAGUAAAUACACUUAGGUACAUAUUGCAGCAAGAAUUGGCUUGGGAAAGGGAUAGUAUUGAUCGAUCACUAAAGUGGUUAGACAAACAGAAGAAGUCAGGGACCUUGGUAGACCUUUGUUCGUGAUAUUCGGAAUUUCUGCGUUAUAGCAGAACCCCGUCUUCCUACGCAAGAUUUAAUUAAGGCUGGCAGAGUCAGUGUCGCGGUCGGCCCCCUGGGAAUGGCCCCACGAGCAUUCUUUAAAAAGCGUACUUAUGAGGGGAAGUUUUUACCUCGAUUUUUGAGGAAAAUUCGUGGGUGCGCCGCUUAGAAUGGCUUAUCAAUGAAAUUAAAUUACUGCAGUAAAAGCAGAUUAAAUCAAUAGCCGAGAAACCGAGGUACGAUAAUCGAAUCGUCGAUAAGUCUUCUUUCAGUUGAAUUAAUCGCGUAAGUACUAAACGCGCAAGCGUUUCGGGUAGCUGAUUUGAUAGCGAUUACUGAUCCACAGACAAUCGAAUAUUUCCAUAAAACGAAAGCUACUUCAAACCAGAUAUAAAUCUUUAGAUAUAGUUACAGAUAUAGCCAAACAACUAUGAAGAAGAGAAACCCAACCGAGGCAACUGAUGGGCUAGCGUGAUGUGUAAGUCUCGCAUCAUGCUCUAGUCAGCCCAAAGUUGAAUCGCCAAUGUCCCCGUUGCUGUUUCCUUUCACAAGAUGGCAGAAGCCGAUAAACGUAACCACGAGGAUGACCCUAGUUCCACCGAAGAGACUAUUAUCUCCUACGACAACAAUAACGAGACGAAAACCGCUUCUUCUUUCUUAAGUAGCGAGAGACCAAGUUGCGAAUUGUCAGACGGUUCGGUACUGGUUGAUAACCCUGGAACUACGAUUAGAAUCAGUUCUUGGCACGGUCACGUGUAUGCGACACCGCCUCGCGCCCCAACGCCCCACGGGAUCAGCGACAUCCUCGGCUGGAGCAGACCCUCAUCAGGGACAACGAAGGGGCAUCUGUCCUUAGGGAUGGGGUCCACCAAACUACUGGCUCCGACCCCCAGGAGAUUUACCGGAAGUCCUUUGAUUCGCGCUCCACUGCCUCUUUACUCCCCCAUACCGGCUCACUCACCCGCCUCGAUUCAAGGAAACUUGACAUCUCCCUCUUGUACCCCUAGUCCAGCAUCUCCACUCAUGUCGCCAUCUUCUAUUCCCAGCAUCGGUGUUUCUUCGCCGAAAUUACACUGCACUGAACAAUUUUCUAGACACAGUGUAUCGUCCUUCCAACUUGGAGGCUCAUCGGACACUUCGGGGAUUCAUGUUGAUGAAAACGAUGAUAGACCCCUUAAUUUGUCAACCACUUCUAGAGCUAGGAGUCCAUCCACCUCACCAAGUUCAUCCAUCCUUAGUGGACGUUCGGUGUACUCAAGGUCUUCACCCACCAUGUUUCGUGAACCACAAACUGAACCAUACAUCCUUGGAGUUCACCGCAAUCCACACCAUGGGAUGUCUCAUCAACCAUAUGUACAUAAUGGAAGGCAGAUUGUCGCUGACAUUUCUGCACCAGCUUCAUCGGGGAAAGGCAUCAGAUGCAAUGCAAAAGAGAGCACGAAAUUGACGUCAGUGAAGAGAAAACGAGUGGAGGUUAGUGCAAAAGAGACAUUGUCUUCAAUAAAAUCUGUCAGCGAACUUUCUGCAGAAGAACGAGAAGACGCCGAAUCAGACAGGAAGAAAAAGAAAGCGCGAACGACUUUCACGGGACGACAAAUAUUUGAGUUAGAAAAACAAUUUGAAGUCAAAAAGUACCUGAGCUCUUCAGAGAGAGCGGAUAUGGCGAAACUACUCAAUGUUACCGAGACGCAGGUGAAGAUUUGGUUCCAGAAUCGAAGAACAAAAUGGAAAAAACAGGACAACAUCAGCAACGCAGAGGCAGCAGAACACAAGAACCAAAACAACCCAAAAACAACUCCGGUGAAGUCGAAGCAUUCUGGAACUGGUGUCAAAGAAGUUGAUCCUCUCAGACCCUCAGUGGAUUGCAGUUCUGACUCAAAUAAUUCCUUGUUGAUCAGUGAUGUAUCGGUUUCGGACAGUGAUGCAGCCACUCAGAAAUUAUUAUUGGUUCCGACUGGUCCAGAAAGAUCAAUGCACCUCUCACCAAAUUUGGGUAUCAUCUCUACCGAAAGUCAUAAUAUCAAAAAUCAGAGAGCUAUAUCUCCCGACUCAGUUUACAUAUCUACGGAUUAUGAUACUGAUUUGAAGUUGAUUGGUGAAGAUCGACUCAACAAUUCUGGAGAGUCUCCAAGUGGAAUCUUGAAGGAAUACGAUAUAAAACGUGACCAAAGAAUUGGCUUCCGAGAUUUGUUGUUAGCCAGCAAAGGUGAAUUAAGGACACCAGGAAUUCAGGAACCAACUGAGGAUCCAAAUUACGAUCCACAAAAAAAAGUGUCGUUAAUGUCAUCAGAGAGAGAUAAUUUUCAAAAAAUUGACAGACUGGAAAACAAAAUUGAACCAAUCGAGUUCGAUGUAGCACCAGCAGUAACUCGACUUCUCAGUUCUGAGAGGGAACCGGAAGUUAUGGAAAAUCAUGAAAGAGAUUUCGACGAGGAACCAUCUUCUCCACAAUCUGCUCUUCAAAUUGACGAGAGAGAAGAGAGAGUGAUUAGUCCAGAGCUUCCUAGCUAACUAGCAAUUUCAUUAGGAUUCGUUCCUACAUCAUAAGCAUAUUUUCAUAAGCAUUUUUCAUUCCUCGUGUAGUGUAAUAUAUUAUAUAUAGUAUUAUAAAUAUAAAUAUAUAUUAUAAAUAUAUUAGCACGUAAGUAUCAACGUCGCCGGUAAUCAGGUCGUUAGUAAUUACUGGACAUUUUUUUAUUCAUAGAACGAGAAAAUCUGCUUUUCACUUUUUUCCUAGUAUAUCCAUUUAUUACUGCGAUCAACAUGCAAGAGUUUAAUUUUCGAUUCGUUUCUUGUGAGAACCAAAGUGGUGAUUCAGAUUUAUCUAAAUUCAAUAACACUAAAAUUAUCCUUCUCGGUAUAUAAAUACUGAUAUCCCGUAUCUAUUUAAAUUGCUUCCUUCUGUGAGUUUUUAGUUGCAGACGUGUCAAGUCCAAAAUUAAAUGGAAAUGUAAUAAUAAAUUCGAAUAUAAGUUUUAAUUAUAAUUUUGAAAUCAUUGUGAAUGAAUGGUAUAUUCUUAUUUGGGAUUUGAAGUGAGAAAAGCAGUAACACCAAAGAGUAGAUAAUUUUAAACAGCAUUUCGCUGUAGCCGAGGUUGUAGCAGAAUAAGUUUCGCUUUAGAGAAAAGUGUCAUAAUUGUAACUGCCAAGCGAUGGUUUAUGUAUUAUGUAAUCUGUAAUAAUUAUUGAAGGACUUUUAAUUUUUCUAGCCAAAGCUUCCAAUACUACGAACGGAUACGUUUCAUGAUACUGUGCUUUCUUAAGCUGAACCAGUCAAAUUGUCAUUAAUUGCAUCAGUAUUUUUAGUUAUAUUGCUGGCGAACCAGUGAUUUUCCGACCUUCACUGGGUGAGCCAGUAAGUGAGUCAACUAACACAGCAUUACUGGAUAUACCAGUGACGCCAAAUGUAGAUGUGUGUCGCCGGUCGGCAUUUCUCGAGUGAAACCGAACUUUAUUGUGUACUUGUAUUUUUGCUGUAACGAACCGUAACAAAAUAUUUACCCCCACCCCUUGAAUUAGGCAGAGUGCCCGAGAACUUCAGUUUCAAAAUUUCAGAACUUCAGUUUCAUUUUCCUUAAUCAUUAAUAUUCAAAUACCUGCAUUUAAAUCCUCUAAUAAUUUUAACAGUGAAUAUUUUAGAAUCGGAAUAAAACAACAUUUCAGAUACAAAUUUAAAAUUCGAAAAUUUAUUAACUUAUUUUAAACAACAAAAUGUC